GGGAAGUUUGAAAAUGUUAUUUUGAAAAUAACUUUUUUAUUAUUUUAGUUAAAAUGCGUAAUCAAAUCGUUUUUCUCAUAGAUACUGACAUUGAUGAAUGUUUUGGUAACAGUAUUACAAAGCUGUCAAAUUCAAUAUGCUUAACUUGUUUGAGGCUUCUUCAUUUUCUGUCAUCGCAAAAUGAAAAGAAAGGCACAGUAAAAAAGUCGAAGUUACAACAUACCCCCAUUAAAUGGUCAUACAAGUUCUUUAACUCAAAGACAUGCGCAACAAAGUUGGAAUCACAUAAACUGUAUGACUUAAAACUUAAAUAUUUUGAAGAAUUUGAGAAUGAGGUCCAGAGGAGAUACGAAUCGAGUGGCACUGGCAAGGUGCAGAGUUCGGCAAUCAAACCUAGUGAUAGUAUUCAUCUAGCGUUAAUGCAGUUGCUAGCUGAUUUUCAAUGGGAAUCUCCGGACCUAACAUCGCCUUUGAAAGGAAGGAAGAACAAAAAAGAAGCUCAACUUUCCUAUAAAUAUGCUGUACUUUUCACAAGGUGUCCUAAAACAGCUUCUGAGUUGAAAAGGUUUACUGGGAAGCAAGUACCAGAUGCAGAUGUUUUCCUGGACACCCUGUUGCCAGGCAGCCUUUACGAGCAAUUUUGCAAAGUCAACAAGAUUAGCCUUUAUUUUGUUGAUACUCAUCAUAAAAAUCAUAUUAAUGAAGGGGACUUGAGAUCUGUAUGCAUUAUUGAAGAUGCCAUAUCAAAGGCAGGCGGAAAUGUUUUACCACUUGAUGCCAUAGUUCAACAUGGUAGUUACAACUUCUGUAGUAUUUCAAUGCUGCUGGAUGACUGUGAAAAGGAUGAAGAGGAAGAGGUAGCCCAGUUGAUGCAGACUUCUGAGACCAGCUGUGUGAGUCUGCUGCCAACCACCUCAUUAUUGAGUUCAUGGAUAAACUCUGGGCAAAACAAGAAUCUAGUUACUCAAACAUCCAACAUUGUUCUCAUUGAUACUGGCAACACAGUCAUACAGACAGUUACAUCAUCAAUAGAAAGAAGAGAUUCAGUCCAAACAGAUCACAGGGCAACUGACCUGUCAGAAGUUGACACAUUGUUGGCUGAAACCAUUUCUAAUUUCAACAGCUCAAACACAUUUAAGGUGUAUGGUCUGCUGGAGCAUCAAAUAGCUGGCUUGUUCCCCCAUCAGGGCAUCAGUAUGUGCCUCACCGCUGCCCCAACCCCCAGCCAGGCACGGGCCCAACCAACUACGGACGGCAAGCUGGAGGCCAUUAUACAUCAGCUAGCCAUCAGACAGUGCUCUUUAGUAUUAGUGAGCCCCGAGUCAGGUCAGCUGGCCGUCCUAGAGCCUCUCACUGUCCAAACUGCCUGCCUGAGUCUGGUGCCCCAGGGGAGUGCACUGGCCCUAGAGAAACAACUUCUUUCUCAGAGGCUGGCAGUUGUCUCCCCUGACAUUGAGCCACAUGAAACCAGUGACAGUCUCAUUCAGAGGCUUGUAAGCAAAGUGCCAAAAAUCAUCUCUGCUCCCGUUGAGUCCCUCCCGGAGACAGGUCGAUUUGAUGGCAGGCUGCUGGACAGGUGGCAGGUCCCUGGCCCCUCCAAACCCCUCCAAUCUCUCAUCAACAAACUCAACCAAAGGCUGUCAGGCCUUGAUUUCCUGUCCACAGAGGAGGCUGGGGUGUUGAAGCAGCUGCAGAAACAGUACAAGUUGGAGAAGAGGCCGCCAGCCAUGCGGGAAACCCCUGUACCUGCAGAUAAUGAUUCCACUCAGACAGAUGUGGACAAAUUUGAGCUCCCGUACAAGGGUAAGGCAUCUCGAGCGUCACUGAGCCGAGCGGAGAUGAUUUUGAGCAAGAGUAAAGCAGUGGUGAAGGGACGGGACCAAGAGAGGGCGGAGAUGGAGGCAGAGCGCAGGGACAAGCAUGAGAGGAAACCGCAACAGGGUCCAUGCCCUCUAGCUGACUUCAGCAGUGUGGAGGAGCUGCAGACCUAUCUGACCUCCAUGUGUGAGAGAGUCUCGUCAGCAGAGAGCAGCACUAUUGACAGCACUGUGCAGACCCUCGUCACAGUCACACUACAUUACUUCAAGCAGAAUGAACCAGACAAUGCUGAGGCAAAGUGUAGAUCACUGCUAGAAAAGUCAUUGCUCCAGUCUGGAACCCAGCUGAGGGAAAAAUACAGCGCCAACAACGAACUCUCACAGCAACAGAAAUUGGCAGAGUACAGUGUACAAGUGAUGUUGCGGAUGGAGAUGAUGUCCACACUGGAAGGCCAGGACCAGCAGGAGGGAGAGGAGGAGGCCAACGAGGAGGUUGUUGGUCUUCUAAGAACUCUGUCCUUCAUGUCUGGGCCAGGCUUUCUGAACAAGUUCAUGGAGACAAACCUUGUCAGCAACUAUGUACACAGUCUACCACAGACUCUGGCCAACAUUUACGAUGAGCUGAUGCAGCCCCUGCCUGAAACCCUGGCUGAGGUCCUGUCCCCAGGUGCCAGCAGUGGUGAGGACAGAUCAAUUCUGGAUGCUUCACUGGUCAGUGUGGAGGGAGAGAUAUCCGGCCCCCCAUCCACCAGGCUCCGAUCACAGGGCUCUGUUGGCCCACCCUCCAGUCAGCCGGGCAGUAACAGGUCCGGAAAUUUUGAUGUGUCUGCAUUCAGGAACAGAGGUGGCAGGAAGCUAGUGCACCACCCCAGUCUGGCAGACUUUGGAGCCAAGAGGCAGAUUGUAGUGGAGAAGAUGCCGAAACAAAACCAUGAAAAGAGCAGCAAAAGUGCUAAGAGGCAGAAAGAUGCCAACAAGAGGUCCCGAGAUAAAGGUACCCCUGGUGCCAACAGAUCCAGAGAUAAAGUUUCCAAAGCGUUGUUUGACAAACCUAAAGGAAGCACAAAACUGGAGAGAAGGCAGUCUGUCGCGGUUAUGCAGAUAACAUGUAAAACUCCAAAGAAAACCCCCAAGAAAACACCAAGAAAGGGACUCAAGAGCCCAAGAUACCAUCAGUCACCACGGCGUAAGCUUGUAGCUGAAACCCCGAACCACAAGCAGGUGUCAAGUGUGUCAUUACGUGCCGGAGGACGACAACGCCAUGGUAGCAGUACCACUGUGGUCGAGGAAUCGCCAGAGAAAGCUUGUGAAACCACAUUGAGAGAUACUCCAACAAAAAAGAAGAGGGCUAAAGCUCUCCUACGCAGGUCCUUCUACUCUGCCGGACCAGUAAAGAGAACAAAGAAUCUCAGUCAGUACUUCCAGCUGGCUGACAAGAUAGCUGGCAGACAGAGGCAGAAGUCUGGGCCUCAGUCACUAGCCACAAACAAGCUAAGCAAACUUCUUAGUUUUGACUCUUCGGUAGAAUUCAAGUCCCCAGACAAGAACUCUUCCUUCUUGCUAUCUCAAUUGGUAGCCAGCCCAUCCCCGGCUAAAGCCACACCGAGGAAAGUGUUGACUGCCACCCCAAGCAAGCUUCUGUUAGAAUCACCUGCUCGUAACACCAGGUCCAGGGGGGCAUCACCAGUAGUCAAUCUUUUCAAGAGUCCAUCCACUAGAACUAGGCAUUCAUCACCAGAAGGUAGGAGUGAACUCUCCAAUCCUGAAUGGAAGCAAAGAAUUGCAAAUUCUGCAACAAAUCAUCUGCGCAGUCCCAGACGACAGUCACCAAGAGUUCUUGUGCCUGACUCUGACACAAAAGCAGUAUCAAAAUCUCCACAGAGCACCCCAGUGAAGAGUCCAGCAUGUGGUGUUAUUAUGUUUGGACUUGACUCUCCCAGUCAGAACACCCGACAGAAGUCCUCUCAGACCCCAACAAGGCAUUCUGUGCGAGCAGCCCUAUUCUCUAGAAGUCCUGCAGUGAACAGAACUCAGUCACCUCAUAGGUCAGCUGCCAGCCCCCGGGUCCUGUUUGACAAGACAGAAUCUCCCACUAAAAUAGCUAGCUGCAAUAUCAGUUGCCUGCAGAAAGGUUUUGAAUCACAAAAUUUGUUCAAUGUGGUUAAGAAAGGAUCUGAAAAUUUGAUUUCCUCGGGAAACAAAAAUAAUAAAAGCAUGAAUUUGCAGAAAACACCCUCUCCAAAGGUUAAAAAGAUUACUAAAACCCCGGACUCAUUUGACAAGUGGCACAGACGAAAACCACGGUCCACUCAGUGUUCACCUGCUGUUCAAAAAUCAAAGCCUGUGUCAAUGACAGUUCUGAGCCAGCAAGAUCAUGGUAAAAACAUACUUAGUGAAACUAUUUCCCAGAAGGAAAUCAAACAUGAAACAAGGAAGAAAAGGGCAUUAAUUGAUUCUCCAAGCAAACUUAUUCCCUCACCAAGCAAGAAUUUAAAAGGGUGUGAAAACAUAGAACCCUCAUUAGAGGUUAUCACACGUAACAAAAGAAGUCUGAUGAUGUCCCCUGGGAAGUCUACAGAGUCUCCAAGUAAGAGACGUAGGCUUACAACUGAUGUACAGAGACUGAUCAGAAAUGAUACCCUGGACUCUCUGGGAAGGGGGAGCCAAGGUUUUGACACAUGUGAGAAUAAUCUUUCCCAGGUGAGCAAUACAAGCAUGGAUUACUUUUCAGCAUCAAAUGAUGAAGUUUUCUUGUCUCAGUCCAGUUCUGCUGGGCUCUCUCCAAAUAAGAAAAUAUCUGCCAAAAGUUAUGACAAUAAUCGAAGUACCAGGUUAUUCAGCAAGAACAGUUCUCUCUUGUCAGCAUCUCAAGGGAUGCCAUCUCCAAGAAAUAAAGAGCUUCAGAGGCUCUUCAGCGAAGGGACUCUGUACUCUGAUGUCUCUGACAAUGAACGCUCUGAGUCACCAAUCUUCUCAGUUCGUUCAAGGAAUAAAUCUGGAGGGAAGGCCCUUGUGUCACAUGACAGUGAUGGUUUUAACACAAAUGACAUAGUCUGCUCACCGAAAAAAGUAAACAUGUCGCCCGGUGCUAAGAAAUACUCUCCAAAUGUUUCUGCCAAGAGUUUAAUGCACCUGAUCCAGUCCCCUUUACUGAGGUCAGGGGGAGGAGAGAAAGACAAAGCCAAUGGCAGCGGUAAUAAAGGGAAUGUUGCAUUCAAAUCACGAAGGUCACUGAAACUGAACAAUUGAUCAUUCGCACAAUUAUUAAAUUUGUUAAAAAUUUACAAAUCGGUUGUCUUUUUAUGUUAUAUGAUACUGAUAUGUACCAUAGCCAUAGGCUUUUUCAAUGAAUAGUGUGAUUGUAUUCAAUUAGUCUUGGGCCAAUCCUUUAGAACUCUUAACGUUUAGUUUUGUAACGGCAUCAUUGUUAAUUUUUAAAGGUUGACUAGAGUAUACGAUGUGCACCUAAAUUUAAAUAAAACAAGAAAAACUGAGGCAAUUGUUCAAAUCGUUUUUGAAAACUCAUGUGUGUGCCAAUGAAGCUUUCUAGGAAGAAAAGAAUUAAAAGUGAACAACAAUGGUGUUAACAAUGUUGUAAAAUUGAAUGAAGUACUGAUCGAUUAGCCCGAUGUUACAUAAUUAUAAUGUUAGUUACGACCUUCUUGAAUAGAAUUGUUUUAACCUAAUUUGUUCAGUCCGAAAGCAGUUUUCUAUUUGAUGUACAUACAUGUCCUUACAAAAACAAACUGCAACAACAAAACAUUAAUUUUCUCAUAUAUAUUUUUUAUUAUGCAAUUAAUUUAUUACUGUGUUGCUGUGCUGUACGAUUUUGCAAUUAUAGAUAUUUUAAGUUAUUGUCUUAAAUUUUAUUUCUAUUUUGAAUCAGUUUGUGUUAGAAAUAUAUGUAUGCAUAUUUGUAUUGGAUGGAUAAUGUUGAAAUUACUAUAAUAACUCAAAUUAUGUUUACAACCUCUGAAAGAACAUUUUAUAAAGUCAAGGUUUGUAUAUAAUGUAAUGUUGAUGUCUUUAUGAAAAUAAUAUUAAUUAUAAUAAAAAAGUUAAACUUA